CAGUUUUUUACAAAACAAAACGAUAUAAAAUUUGAUAUAUCCUCCUAGUCUCUUUCCCUCUGGAGCAAGUCAACUUGAUGGCAAUCUCAGAAGCCGGAGCACAUAUCCUGAUCAUCCCUUACCCCGCGCAGGGGCACAUGAUCCCCCUCUUAGACCUCACUCGCCAACUCGCUCUCCGUAACUUAACCAUCACCAUUCUUGUCACCCCCAAGAACCUCCACUAUCUCAACCAACUCCUCAUCAAACACCCAUCUAUUCAGCCUCUCGUCUUGCCUUUUCCAGCUAUGGCUGCUCUUCCUCCUGCUGGAGUCGAAAACGUUCGUGAUCUUCCUCCCGGUAGCUUCCGUUUGUUCACCAUGGUGUUGGCUGAUCUCUAUGAUCCCAUAGUCAAAUGGUUUCAGAGCCAUUCAUCUCCGCCUGUAGCUGUUGUUUCUGAUAUAUUUCUUGGCUGGACUAACCGGCUCGCCAAUGAGUUGAAGAUUCCGCGCUAUGUUUUUUCGCCAUCCGGUGCUCUGGCUUUGUCAGUCGUUUAUAAUCUCUGGAAUAAUAUGCCAAGAAGAAAUGAUCCAACUGAUAAGAAUGAGGUGAUUGAGUUUUGUGAUAUUCCCAAUUGCCCAUCUUUCCCCUGGUGGAAGAUAUCGCCUGUUUUUCGCAGUUACGUGGCAGGGGACCCGCAGUAUGAAGUUUUUAAGGAUUCGUUUCGAGAGGAUAUAGCGAGCUGGGGACUUGUGAUCAAUUCGUUCACCGAGUUGGAACGAAUUUAUUUGGACUAUCUUAAAGAAUUUCUGGGUCAUGAUCGGGUGUGGGCGGUUGGACCAUUACUCCCUCCAAGAGAAGAACAAGUUAAGCGAGGUGGAUUCAGCGGAAAUUUAGCCAAUGAGAUCGAAUUAUGGCUUGAUCAAUUUGAAGCUGGCACGGUUGUGUAUGUUUGUUUUGGAAGUCAAGUUGUGUUGAGCAAUAAGCAAAUGGAAAUGCUAGCAUUGGGAUUAGAGAAGAGCGCGGUGAGGUUCCUUUGGUCAUAUAAGGCCCCAACCGAGGAAGAUGUAUUAGAAAAUUAUGGUGUGAUGCCGUUGAGGUUCAAAGAUGGUGUAGGCGAGAGACGGCUCAUUGUGAAGGGGUGGGUUCCGCAGGUGUCAAUACUAAGCCACCAAGCCAUAGCGGCGUUCUUGACUCAUUGUGGGUGGAAUUCAGUGUUGGAGUCCAUCGCAGCUGGAGUGCCAAUGCUGACUUGGCCAAUGGGGGCUGAUCAGUUUGCAAAUGCAGACUUGGUGGAUGAGCUCAAAUUGGGAACUAGACUGUGUGAGGGGGAGGAAAUGGUUCCUGAUCCGGACGAGUUGGCUCGUGUGGUGGCUCAAUCCGUGACUGAUUCAAGAGGGGGUAAAGGGGUCAGGGCUGAGGAGCUGAGCAAGGCAUCAGUUGAUAGUAUAGCACAAGGUGGAAGUUCUUGUAAAGCCUUGAAUUGUUUAGUUGAUUUCCUGUCGAGACGGGAAACAUCUUAACUUUUUGUUAAUUAUAAGGAAUACAAGUUUCUUUUCAUUUC